CCGGCCCUAGCUGCGCUCUCGCGAGAUCUCCGCUGUGGGGGGUGGAGGAGGAGGAAGAGGAAGGCGGAGGAAGGAGGAGCCGCCGCCGCCGCUCCCCCGGGCCGGCGCCGGGGAUGGUGUUGGCCGCGGCAGCCCGGCCCUGACGCCGCGCUCAGGUGGGAAGCAGCAGGAAUGCUAACGCUGGCAAGCAAGCUGAAGCGGGAUGAUGGUGUCAGAGGCCCCCGCGCGUCCAACCCGGCGUCCGACUCCACUCGCAGGGUGUCAGUCCGGGACAAAUUACUCGUUAAAGAGGUUGCAGACCUUGAAGCUAAUUUACCUUGUACAUGUAAAGUGAAUUUUCCUGACCCAAACAAGCUUCAUUACUUUCAGCUAACUGUAACCCCAGAUGAGGGCUAUUACCAAGGGGGAAAGUUUCAGUUUGAAACUGAAGUUCCUGAUGCCUACAAUAUGGUGCCUCCAAAGGUAAAAUGUUUGACAAGGAUCUGGCACCCAAACAUUACAGAGACAGGAGAAAUCUGCCUAAGUUUAUUGAGAGAACACUCAAUUGAUGGCACUGGCUGGGCCCCAACUAGAACCUUAAAGGAUAUUGUCUGGGGGUUAAACUCUUUAUUUACUGAUCUUUUGAAUUUUGACGAUCCUUUGAAUAUUGAGGCUGCAGAGCAUCAUUUGCGUGACAAGGAGGACUUUCGGAAAAAGGUUGAAGAUUACAUUAAGCGCUACGCGAGAUGAUGAAGGGGGAGGGAUGGCAGCGCCGCCGCGCCGCUCCAGAGCUGUCCUGAGCUUCAGCAGCAGCCAAACCAGCCCGGAUUGUACCAGUCCCGUGUCCAUGUUGUACUGAAGAAGAAAACUAACUUCAUAACCUGUCCAUGUUCAAAGGAGAGUUCAGCAUAAAUACAGCAAGAAUUUGUGUCUGUUGGUCGAAAGUUGUCUGCUUCCUUUUACAAAUGUUUACUCUUCUGAACUGUACUGUAUAUCCUGUUGAUGAGAUGCGCUUGAGAAGUUACAAGAAAACACUGUUGAAAUUGUAAUUACACUUCUUUUUUUUAAAACUCUUGCCUAAUCUGGAGGGGGGGAAGGAAAAAAAACCCCAAACAACCCAAGCAGAAAAGGUGGUGAGCUUUUGGAACACAUUGAGUUGGCAAUAAAUGGUCUCCUGUGAACCAAAUCACAAAA